AUGUCACUUCGUCCGAAGAGAAUUGUGUUUGACAGAACUUUUCCUGAAUUCAAGCAAGAUUUAGAACGCUUGUUCAAUUUUACGGGUUUAGAUCAGGUUUCUGGAAUGAAUAUGUAUCAAUCUUUACCUAACAAAAGAUUGGUUUAUGAUAUGUGUACUUCAUCUCCUAAGCCCCAUACAAAUAAAUUAUUUAACGCGAUCGCCGACUUUUUGACUCAGUAUACUAUAAAAAUCAGAAGGUCAAUUUUGGACCAUGAUGAUGUAGUCAGCGCAUAUGCUAGAGAGUGGGAACAUUACAGGGUUGCUUCCGACGUUUCUAGCAAGAUAUGUGAUUAUCUUAACAAACUUAUAUUGAGAAGUAAGGAUCCUAAAGGUCGUAGUGGGGCGGACAGACACCAUCCUGUUGAAGAUGGCAAAUAUAGAAGGCAAACUAUUCAUGCGGUUGUGUUUGAAAAGCCAUAUUUGGAAAAAACUCGACAAUAUUACGCAAGUGAAUCUGCUGAUGUGAUAUCAAAUGAUAACAUUUCUCAAUAUAUGAAAAAGGCCAAUGAAAGAUUAGAGCAAGAAGUGGCGCGCAACCUUAAGUACUGCCAUCCUGAUUCACAUAGUAUUAUAAUCAGAGAGUGCGAAACACAAUACGUAGCUGUGCAUCAAUCACGUAUACAUGGCGAAUUUGAAGCUAUGAUUUCCAAUGAGAAAUAUGAAGAUUGUACUAUGGCUUACAAUCUCUUAUCACGUAUAACUAAUGGAGUCAAUCCUUUGUUGGAGAUAUUUGAACGAUAUAUUUCGAACAUUGGAAAAGGAUUGAUUGAGAGAAUGGGUAAUUCGAUAGCUAAGGAUCCUAGAGAAUAUGUGGAAUCACUUAUGGAUCUUCAUAUAAAAUAUAUGAACGUUUGUCAAAAAGUAUUUAUUAAUGAUGCAGCAUUUGUCGCAGCCGUAGAUAAGGCUUUUAGAACAAUUGUUAAUGACUCAAGUAUUGCACAUUCACCCGAAGUCCUUGCCCGUUACUGCGAUGUUUUGUUAAAGAAAACGCAUAAAGGUGGAUUUAGUGAACAAGAAAUUGAGGAUAAAUUAGAUCGAAUGAUUGUUCUCUUCAAAUAUAUUGAUGACAAGGAUGUGUAUCAAAAAUUCUAUUCAAGAAUGCUUGCCAAACGUUUGAUUUAUGGCAAUUCUGCAUCUGAUGAAGCAGAAGUUAAUAUGAUUACACGUUUAAAGAUUGCGUGUGGUGUGGAAUACACUAGUAAAUUGCAAAAGAUGUUUACUGAUAUUACGAUUAGUGCGGAAAUAAACAGUAAAUUUUCUGAAUAUACCAAAAAGAACAAUAUCAAUGGAAAAAAUGGUUCGCCUGUUGAUUUUUCCAUAUUGGUUCUAACGGCUGGUGCAUGGCCAUUAACGCAGUCUUCAAUGACAGAAUUUCAAUUACCGACAGAGUUAGAAAGAAAUGUUUCACACUUUUCGACAUUUUACAACGGUCAUCAUAUUGGCAGAAGAUUGACAUGGUUAUGGCAUUUAUCCAAAGCUGAUGUGAAGUUGAAUUAUCUUGAUAAACGUUACGAGUUUUCAGUAUCUCUUCACCAACUCGGUGUUCUACUAUUGUUCAAUAACGUAGAUGCAUAUUCAUUUAGAGACAUACGUGAACAUACGGGGUUGAAUGAUUUAGAGUUGAAGAGGGUCAUGAAGCCCAUGAUUGACUUAUCCGUAUUUCUGGUUUCAACGCCCGGAACAUUGCAAGAUGAUACAGAAGUUAAACUAAAUAUGGAAUUCACAAACAAACGUAAUAAAAUCAAAAUCAGUUCUUCGUUACAAACUGAGACACACCAAGAAAAUGAUGCUACGCGAAGAUCAGUUGAUGAAGAUCGUAAACUCUAUUUGCAGGCGUCUAUUGUUCGAGUGAUGAAAUCACGCAAAUCCUUGACACACCCAUUAUUAGUACAAGAGGUUAUUAAUCAGGCGAAGUCACGAUUUAAUCCUA